AUGACGCUCGAGCUGUACCCCGCGUCAGCCCACGAUGUGUUCCACGGGACGAAUCUCCGUUACCCGCGCGAAGUCGACGAAGCUGUGCAGCAGAUCCACGGCGCUUGCAAAGGCCUGGGCACGGAUGAACAAACCUUGAUCGCAGUAUUAGGCUCAAAGUCCCCAGAGACGCGGAACUUGAUCUCGCUACGCUACAAGGAACUACACCAGCAGCCACUGAAAAACCUCCUUAAAAGUGAGACUUCAGGUGACUUCGGUCGUCUGCUGCGUAUGAUCUCCACGCCGCUGGCCGAGACGGAGGCACAGAUCCUGCGCGACGCUACCAAGGGCAUGGGUACAACCGAAAGCCUCAUCGUGCAGAUUCUGUCGGGCAGAACGAACGAGGAGAUGAACAUCCUCAAACGCACCUACUUCGAUCUUGUAGGCAAGGACUUGGCCGUCACUCUCAACUCGGAGCUCAGCGGAGAUUUCCGCAAGGUCGUCAUGGCCUUGCUACAAUCCUCCCAAGAACCGUACAACCCGACUACGCACAACGCUGCUAAAGCCGAAGAAGAAGCUGUAGCCCUGUAUAGAGCAGGUCAAGGACGACUGGGCACCAAUGAGGAGGUUUUCAUUGGGAUCCUUGUCAAAGCCCCUCCGGAGUUCCUCAAGAUGAUGAAUGCCGUCUAUGUUGCCAAGUACAACAACAACAUCGCCAAGGCAGUGGACAAGGAAUUCAGUGGUGACGCCAAGAAGAGUCUUAAUUACCUUGUUCGCUCCACUCUUGAUCCGUAUCCUGCAAUUGCUGAGGUGUUUGAGAAAACCAUGAAAGGGUUUGGAACGGAUGAAACGGGGUUGAGUACGGCAAUAGUGCGCUACCAGUCCAUACUUCCAUAUGUGAAGGCUGCUUACAGAAGGUUAUAUCACGAAGAGCUACGUGACCGGAUCAGUGGGGAGACAAGUGGAGACUACAAAAAACUGCUGCUCGCGCGGAGUCAGUGGACAUAA